AUGGAUUCUUCAGAAGAAAAUAUGAAAUUACUUGAAGGCCUGAAUGAUCAGAAGAUACGGGAAUACGCCCCGGCUAUUGCAUACUCAGUGUUGGUGAUUGUACUUGGGAUUGCUGGGAAUAUUUUCUCCAUCGCGUAUUACGGAUUCAAGUCCCAGAAAACGACUACCAAUAACUUGAUAACGUACUUGGCAGUCACGGAUUUAAUAACAUGUUUCGUUUUCUGCGAUGAAAUAAUUGAAUUGUGUUUCACAAUAGCUUUCAAGAAUAUCAUUGGAUGUAAAAUAAUGUAUUUUACAAAUCAUACAUUAGUUGUAAGCUCAAAUUUCAUUUUGGUAUUGAUAUGUGUUGACCGUUACCAAAAGAUCUGUCGGCGGCAAUCUUGGCAGCUUACGGUAACAUCAACCAGGAUAUGCGUAGGUGCAUUGCUGUUUCUGGCCUUUCUACUGUCGGUUCGGGAUUUUGUGAUAUUAGACGUUGUACAGGUAAACGUUACUCUUCCGGUAUAUAAUAAAUCGAUAACCGGAUUUUACUGUACACAUUCAAGAGACAGCGACAUGAAAACAGCUGUUACUACCUUUCAGUUACUCGAUUUAGCAACUUUUAUAAUUGUUAUAUCAACAAUGGCUAUUUUGUACUCAUUUGUGGCAAGAGAGAUAUGGAUACAAAAGAAGAAAAAGGAAAGCCACAUGGGUAUUUCCACGGCAAAAUCAAGUGUAACAGAGUCCGAAUCAGCUGGUAUAAAAGGCUUGUCUAACAUAUCAGUAGUAGAAACUGCUUCCUCUGCUCUCGAUGAAGAUACUGAUCCAAACGUAUCAUAUUCAGACACGAAAGUCGACAUAAAGAGCCCACUGUCAAUUAUUGACAAGAAAGAGAAAAACAUUUCCGUGGAAUUUGACUUGAAAAAUAUUGCCGAUCAUGAUAAAUUCCGUUCGAAGAAGACAACUACAGAAAAUAGCAAAGUGCACAAAGAACAUCAUUCAAAAAGAAAACGCGCUGAAGCAAUUGAAAGAAAGAUAGCAAUAAUGAUGAUUGCUAUAACUGGAGCAAGUAUUUUGAGUUUUGUCCCAUACUUUAUCGUGAACUUGGCGGUUAAACGAGGUUCAAAUACUCCCGAGCAAGAAUUCAGUGUCGGUAUACAGAUUGCAUUGCGAUCUUUCAUGCUCAACAAUGCUGUAAAUCCCUAUAUCAUGGGCUUUUUUAACACGAAGUUUAAACGAUUUGUUAAAGACAUCAUUUGUAGAUGUCGAUAA